AUGCUCCAGCAGGUGAAUGGCCAUAGUUCAGGCCCUGCUGCCCCUGGCGGGAAAGCCCUCGGAGAAGACCUGCAGGAGUUCCUAGGCCAGGAGGCCCCGCUGCACCUGCUGGAUGACCUCACCAAGGUGAAUCCUGUGACGCUGGAGACAGUCCUGAGGUGUCUGCAGGCCCGGUACAUGGCAGACACAUUCUACACCAAUGCUGGCUGCACCCUGGUGGCUCUGAACCCCUUCAAGCCUGUCCCUCAGCUCUACUCGCCAGAUCUGAUGAAAGAGUACCACGCUGCUCCUCAGCCCCAGAAACUGAAGCCCCACAUCUUCAUGGUGGGUGAACAGACCUACAGGAAUGUCAAGAGCCUGAUUGAGCCAGUCAACCAGUCCAUCGUUGUCAGUGGAGAGAGUGGUGCUGGAAAGACAUGGACGUCCCGUUGCCUAAUGAAGUUCUACGCUGUGGUGGCUGCCUCACCUACAUCCUGGGAGAGCCACAAGAUUGCAGAGAGGAUCGAGCAGCGCAUCUUGAACUCCAACCCUGUCAUGGAAGCGUUUGGGAAUGCGUGCACGCUGAGGAAUAACAACAGCAGUCGCUUUGGGAAGUUCAUCCAGCUCCAAAUGAACAGGGCCCAUCAGAUGACUGGAGCUGCAGUCCAGACCUACCUCCUAGAGAAAACUCGCGUGGCCUGCCAGGCCUCCAGUGAGAGGAACUUCCACAUCUUCUACCAGAUCUGCAAAGGAGCCAGUGCAGACGAGAGGCUCCAGUGGCACCUCCCCAAGGGAGCCGCCUUCUCCUGGCUGCCUAACCCAGAUAGGACCUUGGAAGAGGAUUGUUUUGAGGUGACCAGAAAGGCCAUGCUUCAUCUUGGCAUCGACACUCCCACCCAGAACAACAUCUUUAAGGUCCUGGCUGGACUGCUGCACCUCGGCAACGUCCGGUUUGCUGACUGUGAGGAUGAAGCCCAGCCCUGCCAGCUGAUGGACAAUGCCAGGGGCUUUGUCAGAACAUCGGCCUCGCUGCUCUGGCUCCCAGAGGACCCGCUGCUGGAGACGCUGCGGAUCAGGACCAUCAGGGCGGGCAGGCAGCAGCAGGUGUUCCGGAAGCCCUGCUCCCUCGCCGAGUGCGACACCCGCAGAGACUGUCUGGCCAAACUGAUCUACGCACGGCUGUUCGACUGGCUGGUAUCGGUGAUCAACAGCAGCAUCUAUGCGGCCCCCGACUCCUGGACCACUUUUAUAGGCCUGCUGGAUGUGUAUGGCUUUGAGUCAUUUCCUGACAACAGUCUGGAACAGCUGUGCAUCAACUAUGCCAAUGAGAAGCUGCAACAGCACUUUGUGGCUCACUACCUAAGGGCUCAGCAGGAGGAAUACGCACUGGAGGGCCUGGAGUGGUCAUUUGUCAACUACCAGGACAACCAGACCUGUUUGGACCUCAUCGAGGGGAGCCCCAUCAGCAUCUGCUCCCUCCUAAACGAGGAAUGCCGCCUGAACCGGCCAAGCAGUGCAGCCCAGCUCCAGACACGCAUUGAAAGUGCCCUGGCAGGCAGCCCCCGCCUGGGCCACGACAAGCUCAGCCGGGAGCCCAGCUUCAUUGUGGUGCAUUACGCGGGGCCUGUGCGGUACCACACCGCAGGCCUGGUGGAGAAGAACAAGGACCCUGUGCCCCCUGAGCUGACCAGGCUCCUGCAGCAAUCCCAGGACCCCCUGCUCAAGGUGUUGUUCCCUACUGACCCAGAAGAGAAGCCCCAGGAGGAGCCUUCUGGCAAGAGCAGGACCCCAGUGUUGACUGUGGUGUCCAAGUUCAAGGCCUCCCUGGAGCAGCUUCUGCAGGUUCUGCACAGCACCACGCCCCACUACAUUCGCUGCAUCAAGCCCAACAGCAAGGGCCAGGCACAGACCUUCCUCCGGGAGGAGGUCCUGAGCCAGCUGGAGGCCUGUGGCCUCGUGGAGACCAUCCACAUCAGUGCCGCCGGCUUCCCCAUCCGGGUCUCUCACCGGAACUUUGUGGAACGGUACGCAUUACUGAGGUGGCCCCGUCCUCGCACAGCCCCAGGCCCCCAGAGCUCAUCUCUUAAUGAAGGGCGCCCAGAAAGGUCUCCACAGGCCGAGGAGGCCACGCUGCAGCCUCUGCUCCAGGACAUACUCCGCACUCUCCCCGCUCUACCCGGGGCAGCAGCCACAUCGGGCAGUUCUGUGCAGGCCACGCCAGUCACAGUGCACUGUGGCAGGACCAAGGUGUUCAUGACGGACUCCACGCUGGAGCUCCUGGAACGCAGGCGUGCCCAGGUGCUGGAGCAGUGUGCCCGCUGCAUCCAGACUGGCUGGAGGCGACACCGGCAUCGCAAGCAGGAGAGGCAGAGGCGGGCUGCCGUGCUCAUGCAGGCAGCCAUUCGCUCCUGGUUAACGCGGAAGCACGUCCAGAGACUGCACGUAGCUGCCACAGUCAUCAAGCGCGCGUGGCAGAAGUGGAGAAUCAGAAUGGCCUUCCUUGCUUCUAAAGAACUGGAUGGUGUAGAAGAAAAACACUUGUUUCAAACUCCCCGUUCCCCAAGCUCCUUCCCGCUGCCCCAGGCACAGAGCUGGCUCCCGGGGGCCAUAAUCCGCCUCUGGCCCCUGGGACUGGUCCUGGCCAACGCAGCGGUGGGUGUGCAUGGCUUUCAGAGGAAACUGGUGGUCUGGGCCUGCCUCCAGCUCCCCACCAGCAGCCCCCGUAGCUACUCUGUCCAGACAGCACAAGAGCAAGACGGUGUCGCGUCCAUCCGAGCACUGCCUCAGGGCUCGAUCAAGUUUCACUGCAGAAAGUCUCCGCUGCGCUAUGCUGACAUCUGCCCUGAACCUUCGUCCGACAGUGUUACUGGCUUUAAUCAGAUUCUGCUGGAAAGACACAGACUGGGCGAUGUGUGA